UUCUUCAAGUUGAUGGAAAACUACACUUUCAACAGCUUCACCCUCCAGCUGGAGGGGUUAAAAGUCACAGAAACGUCAAUGUACCCUGUAUUUUUCUUUUUCUUUUUUUUAUACGUUAUUAUUAUAUUGGUGAAUAUUGGCAUUGUAAUUCUGAUUUUCAUUGACAAAAACCUUCAGCACACCAUGUAUCUACUUUUCUGUAACCUGCCCUUCAAUGAUAUUCUUGGAAACUCUAUCAUGGUUCCUCGUUUGCUCAUAGAUAUACUGAGGCCUCCCUCUGUGCGCCUUAUCAGUUAUCCAGAGUGUGUGGUGCAAGCAUUUUCCACACAUAUGUAUGGUACCACUGCUCACACAGUGCUCAUGAUUAUGGCUUUUGACAGAUAUGUGGCAAUCUGUUAUCCUCUGCGCUAUGCUGCUAUAAUGACAAACAAGAUGGUGAUUAAGCUGACAGUUUCUGCCUGGGGAGUAGCCUUGGUUUUGGUCGGGAUUCUGCUCGGUCUGACAAUACGCCUGAACCGAUGUGGGACUUUGAUCACAAAUCCUUUUUGUGACAAUGCCUCUCUGUUCAAACUGUCCUGUGAGAGUGUGUUCAUUAAUAAUGUCUAUGGCCUCACGUUCACUGUAGUGCUCUUGACAUCUUCAAUCGGCAGUAUUGUUAUCACCUAUAGUAAGAUUACAGUUGUCUGUCUGAUGAAUAAAAACAAGUCUUUGAACAGUAAAGCCCUGAAGACCUGCGGCACUCAUCUUUCUGUAUAUCUAAUUAUGUUACUGAGUGGAAUGCUUGUUAUCCUCCUGCAUCGCUUCCCUCAGUACUCAGACUACAGAAAACUUGCUGCCAUUUUAUUCCAUAUCAUCCCCGGCAGCCUGAACCCUAUUAUUUAUGGCAUUCAGUCGAAAGAGAUACGAAAAUUCCUGUCACAAUUAUUUCAGCAUAAGGUUUUGCCAUCAUUUUAA